AUGAAGGAUCAUCAAGGAUCAAAAAUAGAAACACCAGGACGUGUUUGUUAUCUUGAAGAAACAAAAGGUUUAAUGUUACGCAUUCCUGUGGUCCCUUCCAAUUCUUGUCUUGGUCAUAAGAUAGAUUCAAAGACGAUGAUAACGCUACUAGGGAGGGAGAACAUGAUGUUGCUUUUGUUUACGACAAUUUUUAUUGCGGUGAUACAUUCAAUGGUUUUAAACACAGUUAGAUAUUUCUCGGGUGGUUUCUUGGUUACUAUCUAA